AUUUCUAACCAUAAAGAAUGAGUCAGAUCAAGGCUUCUCACAAAAAGAUUCUGGAAGAGCUCCUGAAGAAGGAUUGUAAUAAGGUUUGCUGUGAUUGCAGAGCUAAGGGACCUAGAUGGGCUUCUGCUACUCUGGGUAGCUUUAUCUGCAUUCGUUGUUCUGGAGUCCACAGAAACUUGGGAGUGCACAUUUCUUUUGUGCGUUCUGUCUCUCUUGAUAGUUGGAAGAAUGAGCACAUUAAGAACAUGCAGAAGUGGGGUAACAAGAAGGUCAAUGCCUUUUACGAGGCUAAGCUCCCCAAGAACUACCCUCGUCCUGACGAGCAUAGUUCGAUGGCUGAGUUGGAAAGAUUCAUUCGUGCUAAAUACGAGCAGAGAAGAUGGGUAGCCGACGACAAGUCCGAGUAUGAGGAGGAUGAAGAGGAGGAGGAGGAGGAGUACUCUGAGGAGGAGGAGAGAAAGCCCGUGAAGAAGGCUCCUGCCAAGAAGGCUCCCGUGAAGAAGGCUCCUGUGAAGAAGUCUCCUGCUAAGAAGCCUGUCAAGAAGCAGCUGGCGGAUGAUGAUUUCGACGCUGAUGACGAUAUGUUCAACAUGUCUCCUGUCCCUGAACCUUCUCCUGUGUCUCCUAUGACCGAGCUGUUCGGAGAUAUGUCUAUUAAUGCUAAACCCGCUCCCAAGGCGGCUGCCAAGCCUGCGGCUCCUGCUGCCCAGCCCGCGGUGAAUCCGAUGGCCUCCAUCAUGGAUCUUUACAACAAGCCUGCUCAGCCCCAGCAGCCUCAGCAGCAGGCCCAGCAGCAGCCUCAGCAGCAGGCCCAGCAGCAGAUGGGCUAUGGUAUGCCGCAGCAGCAGAUGGGCUACGGAAUGCCUCAGCAGCAGAUGGGUUAUGGUAUGCCUCAGCAGCAGAUGGGCUAUGGAAUGCCGCAGAUGGGCUACGGAAUGCCGCAGCAGCAGAUGGGAUAUGGCAUGCCGCAGCAGCAGCAGGCCCAGCAGCAGCAGGCUCAGCAGCAGCCCCAGCAGCAGAUGGGAUAUGGAAUGCCCCAGAUGGGUUACGGCUAUGGCAUGCAGCAGCAGCCUCAGCAGCCCGCUCAGCAGAACCCUGCUACGAUGAACUUCAACUUCGCUUGGUAAGGAGAGUAAAGUGGUCAGUUUUGUCGCUUGUUAUCCUAAUU